AUGGAUAUGGAAGACAUUGUCUGGAAUACUGACGCCAAGUAUGCUUUAGGGACAUACAAAUUUAUAACUUGGACUACUGGAACAUGGCCUUUACAGGAUGAAGGAAUAUUUGCGAUGAUUCGCUUCACUAUUGCCUUCAUCUUGGAGUUUAGUUUAUUAGCUUCUGUUCUAUUGGAAAUCCGACUAAACUGCGGCAAUACGGACAAGACAUUAGAGUUCUUUGGAUUGACAGCAGGAAUGACAACGGGUUUAACAAAAUUAAUUUUCGUCAAGUUACACCAAAAAGAUUUACGGAAAAUCCUUUUAUCGGCAAUUAAGGAUUGGUCCUCGAUCAAAGUAAAAAAUUCUUCGGCAAAGGAGAUAAUAUGGAAAUAUACUCAUCGAGGCAAGCUGGUAUGCCGUGUACAAAUGAGCUUGGGUCUGUUAAUCAUUGGAUCGAUGAUACUGGAUGCUGUGCCAACGUCAGAUUCCUUACAGCAGGACAAUACCACUUUGAGUGAAGAGAAUAUUAGACAGAUUCCACUUCGGACUAUGUGUCUUUUCGGCAACAUGUCAACGUCAAGUUAUUGGAUAGUCUUCGUUUUACAAGGAGUUCAGUUAUUGAAUUCGAUAGCUGUUAAUAUGGGAAACGAUGUUUUCUUCUUUGCUAUUGCCAUGCAUAUUUGUGGUCAACUCGACGCACUAAGAAUUCUUUGUGAUGAUUUUAAAGCGAAUGAUGAGAAGGAUCGAGUUUUGAAGAUCGAAAAAUUUGUUCGUAGACACUGCCAUCUGUUAGAACUUGCUCAACGACUUGAGAACACCCUAACUAAUAUUCUCUUAGUGAAUUUAAUGACCGAUGGAUUCCACACUUGUUUAGCAGGAAUACAAAUCAUUAUUAUGUCUAAUAACAUCGACAUUGUUCCUCUCACCAAAGUGAGCUCUGUGAUCAUCAUCAUCUUAGCACAACUUUUUUUAUAUAGCUAUGCAGGUGAUUCCCUAUCAUCGUUAUUCCAAGAUAUUUGCCAAGUGAUUUAUAAUUGUCCAUGGUAUGAAUUUUCACCGAAUAACGUACGAAAUUUGAUGUUUAUAAUUAUGAAAACGCAUAUACCAUUUCAUCUUACGGCGGGAAGGUUCUAUAUCAUGGAUAUUGAGAAUUUCAAGAACAUUAUGAAAACAUGCUUUUCAUUAUUUUCUCUCUUACGAAUUGUAUUUGUAGAGUAA